AUGAUAGGAGCAUUAGUUUUAACAGUUGUGGCUUGUGUUGCAGGUUACUUUUUCUAUCAAUUUUUCGUUGUCAAACCAAAACGUAUAUUUGAUGGAGCAUUAGCCAAACAACAAACAAUUAAUAACAACACACCAAAACAAUCAAAAACUAAUAAAAAACAACAACAACAACCAACCAAACAAACAACCACUCAAAAGAAAAAGAAAGAACAACCAUCCAAACCAGUUGAGGUUAAAUCAGAAACUGUAAAGGUUGAAUCACCAAAAGUAGUUGAACCAGUAGUCGUUAAACCAGCUGUCACUGAACAACAACCAAAGAAAGUAGAGGAACCAAAGAAAGUUGUUGAAAAACAACAACCACCAAAGAAAGCAGCAGAACCAAAGAAAGUUGUCGAACAACCAAAGAAAGUAGAGGAACCAAAGAAAGUAGCAGAACCAAAGAAAGUUGUUGAACAACCACCACCAAAGAAACAAGCAACUAAAGUUGAACAACCACCAGUAAAACAACCAAUCAAAAAUACUACCACCACCACUACAAAUGUCAUUAUAGAAGAAGAACCAACCAAUUUUAAUGAUGGUACUUGGAAAACAGUUAAAACAGCACCAACAGAAUUUGAAAAAAUUUCAAAUCUUAAAUCCAGUAUCAAUGAAAUUAAGAAUCAACUUGAAAAAGAAAGAGAACAAUCAAGUAUUAGAAUCAAUUUAUUGAAUGAUUCUCACAAAAAAGAAAUCACCAAUAAAGAAAAUAUUGAAACUACUUUAUUAGAGAAAAUAAAGAGAUUAGAACAACAAAUCGAAUUAAAUAAAUCAACCACCACACAACAAAAAACACCAGAAUCAAAUUCACCAAUUAAUCAAUCAACUAAUGAUUUACAACAAUAUAAUUAUACAUUAAAUGGUGGUAAUAAUACUACUACUACUACCAAUUUAAAGAAAGAGAUCACUGAAUUACAAAGUGAACUUUCAAAUAUUUCAGCAGAGAAGGAGAUAAUGGUACAAAAAUAUCAACAACAAAUUGUAAUACUUCAACAACAAGUAUCAUCAUUCACAGAGAAAGUCGAUGAUUUAACCAAUGUAUUAUCACAAAAAGAAACCAAGAUUGGAGAGUUAACCAGAGCCACCAAUGGUUUCACCACCAAAGAGACCGAAUUGAUUCGUUCCUACGAAGACGAAAAGAAACGUACAGCUGAAUUGCUUGAACGUUUAGAGAUGUACGAGAAAAUGAAUAAAAAUAUCACUGAUGAAAAAGAUUUCCAAAUUGAAAAACUCGUUGACCAAUUAGAGGCAAAACAAUCUGAACAACAAACCACCACCAAUAAUUUACAAAAUGAAAUCAGUCAAUUGAAGCAACAACUCGCCUCUAAUCAAUCCACUGAAUCUCAAGCAUUACAAUCAAAGAUCACCGAGUUGAGCCAAUUACAAUCUGAAUUUGAAAAACUCCAAAAUCAAUUACAAUCAAAGGAUUCAGAGUUACUUGAGACUUCAAAGAAACAAUCUGCUUUACUUGAACAACAAUCUGAAGAUAGUCAAUCAAAAGAUGAAAAAUUGAAAUCUGUUGAACUCAAUUUACAACAAACCCUCCAACAAUUACAAUCAAAAGAUCAAGAGUUACAAAAUGUUAAAUCUCAACUUGAACAACAAUCUGAAGAUAGUGAAUCAAAAGAUCAAAAAUUGAAAUCUGUUGAACUCACUUUACAACAAACUCUUCAACAAUUACAAGAUGUUAAAUCUCAACUUGAACAACAAUCAGAACAUAACGAGUCAAAAGAUGAAAAAUUGAAAUCUAUUGAACUCAAUUUACAACAACAAUUACAAUCAAAAGAUUCAGAGUUAUCUUCAAAAGAUGAACAAUUGAAAUGCUUAGAGUCAGAGUUAUCAAGUGUUAAGGAACAACUCUCAUCACAAUCAUCAAACACUGAUUCAGAAUUAUCAAGUGUAAAAGAUCAACUUUUAUCCAAGGAUUCAGAAUUAAAAUCAAAGGAUGAACAAUUAUCAAAUAAAGACUCUCAAAUUAAAUCAAUUGAAUCUGAUUUACAAUCUGUUAAGGAUCAAUUAUCUUCAAAGGAUCAAGAAUUACAAUCAACCAAAGAUCAAUUAUCUUCAAAAGAUGAACAAUUAUCAAAUAAAGACACUCAAAUUAAAUCAAUUGAAUCUGAUUUACAAUCUGUUAAAGAUCAAUUAUCUUCAAAAGAUCAAGAAUUACAAUCAACUAAAGAUCAAUUAUCUUCAAAAGAUCAAGAGUUACAAUCAACCAAAGAUCAAUUAUCAACUAAAGAUCAAGAGUUACAAUCUGCUAAAGAUCAAUUAUCUUGUCAAUCUUCAACCACUGAUCAAUUAUCCGCUAAAGAUACAGAGUUACAAUCAACUAAGGAUCAAUUAUCAAGCAAAGAUUCUGAAUUACAAUCAAUUAAAGAUCAAUUAUCAACUAAAGAUUCAGAGUUACAAUCAUCUAAAGAUCAAUUAUCUUCAAAAGAUUCAGAAUUACAAUCAAUUAAAGAUCAAUUAUCAAGCAAAGAUUCAGAUUUACAAUCAGUUAAAGAUCAAUUAUCCUCAAAAGAUUCAGAUUUACAAUCAACUAAAGAUCAAUUAUCUUCAAAAGAUCAAGAGUUACAAUCUGUUAAAGAUGAAUUAACUUCAAAGGAUCAAGAGUUACAACAAAUUACCUCUAAACAAUCUGAACAAGAUUCAAAGGUUUCUCAAAUACAACAAGAUUUAGAAAAUAAAAACGCUGAGUUCUUAUCUGUUACUUUUGAAAAACAAACUGAAAUCGAUCAAUUAAAAACUCAAAUUCAAGAUUUAAAUAAUAUUAUUAAUAAUAAUAAAAAUAAUAAUAAUAAUAAUAAUAACAGUAACACUGAAAAUGGUAAUGCUAAUGGUAAUGGUGAAAUUAAAGCUGAUGAUAUUCAAUCUCUUCAAGAUCAAAUCGAUGAAGGUAAAGCUCGUUAUGAUGUCAUCUCAAAUCAAAAUAAACAAUUACAAGCCUCCCUUGCCGAAGCUAAUACCAAAUUCGAAAAUGCUCAAAAACGUUUGGAUAUAACUACAAAUUUAUAUAAACAAUUAAGAGAACAAAAAUAA